AUGUACUCCCACGAUCUGAAGCCCAUUGAGAAUAAGUGCAGCCGAAUUUUCAGACCUUGGGACAGCAUUAAUUGUUCUCAAGAUAUAUCGCAGGACAGUACAGUUUCUACAACUACUAGCGACGAUGAAAAACAAAAUAUUAAGGUCAUUCCCGAGAAAAAAUCUAAUGAAAAGACAACUGAAAUGAAAACAGGAUUCAGACCGAUAAAGAAGCUAGAGAAACUGCCACCUGACACCAAAAAUCGAGGUACUGUUCUACCUCCACAUCCUGUGGACUAUUCGUUGGAGGCGUACAGCAUUUAUCCAGAUAUGAUCCAAGCAAAUAUAGCGCAAUCUCUAGGGCUUACCCCGAACGAUCCUCUUUUUAUGGAAUCAAUGGUGCAAGGAAUCGCGCUGGAAGAAUACGCGAGGGUCUUAAAUCAAGAACAUCAAGCAAAAAUUUUGGCGUCGAGGAAACAGAGGCCGAAGAAGUACAAGUGUCCUCAUUGUGAUGUUGGAUUUUCUAAUAACGGACAAUUGAAGGGACAUAUUAGGAUACAUACUGGUGAGAGGCCAUUCAAAUGCGACGAGAAGGACUGUGGCAAAACAUUCACGAGAAACGAGGAACUGACCCGCCAUAAAAGAAUUCACUCCGGCCUCCGUCCAUUCCCCUGCACGCACUGUGGCAAGCGUUUUGGCCGCAAGGAUCAUCUAAAAAAACAUUCGAGGACCCAUUUUCAGCCCAGAGGAUUGUACGCCGUGCCAGUCAUGAUGCCCUUCGACGCGUGGGCCGCAUCGCCGAGCAGUUACCCCUUCGUGCCCAUGUUCGGUUAUUAAGCUAAUUGUAUUAUCGCGAUAUCUGUUUUGUACAAGUUCGGCCUAAUUUUGACAUACUGUACAUAUGUAAAUAUUGUAAAUACUCAAAGAUUGUGAUACAGAGUGCAAAAUCUAUUUAUGUUGUGAAGUUCU